AUGGCCAAGCUUGCACCCAGUGCUACAAGGCAAAAUGCCGCUGUGUGCGGACCUCAGUGGGUGAAGAUUGCGAAAGAUGUGUCCGCCUCAGGAAGACGUGUCAGCCCUCAGAGUCGGCCUUUUUUGCUCCAAGCCAUCCACGCCGUAACUACAUUCUCAACGCAGGAAAGGCUGGUCCAAGUUGAAGAGCUCAAGCGCCUCCUGUUCACAUCUGCUUUGCUCAAAGUCCAGUCAAACAUCGACUUACUCCUUGGAUUAUUGACCUACCUUGCAUGGAGCAGCGACGCAUUUCUCGGAAGAGCGGACCUCGUUUCUCGUCUGAUGAUGCUCGCCAUUUCACUAGUAUACGAUUUACGGCUGUUCAAAUCAUCCUCAAUAGAUGUGGAAGUCAUGAUGUCUAUGACGCAGGGUUGGGCUGAAGAAAGCCCUCGGAACCUCGACGAUGAAACCCCUUACGGCUUAUUGGAGAGGCAGCGGGCAGUGCUGGCAUGUUUCAUUUUGAGCUCUAAUGUUUCGUCACACCUUGGGCGUCAAGAUGCCAUACGGUGGACACCUCAGAUGGACGAGGCGCUUCGAGUCAUCACAAUGGACAACUCAUGCCCUACGGAUAAACUAUUUGUUGCCCAAGUACGGCUGCAGCUGCUCAAGCAAAAAGCGGAGUACGUUCGACAAAUAGAAGAGACUGGGUUUGCACGCCCAGGAUCUCGCCCAGAUAGGCAAGUAGUUACUCUGGCAGAUAACCUAGUAGAUUAUACCCCCCACAAGAGUGCUGAUGCCUUCGCCUGGGGAGACACCCAGGGUUCACUUGUAGAUAUUCUCAGUACACAUGCGCAAUACGUCGAAUUAUACAUAAAUCACUUAGCUUACUCCAUAAGCCAAAGUUCGCCGCCUCCUGAUACAUCCGGACGACAGAGCGACAGCUGGAUAUUACCGGGAUUCGGACGCCUGGAGUGCUUGUGGCAGUCGGUCGAGAACAUCAAAGCAUGGCUAGACGAUUUCUACAAAAUCCCCUGCUCAAAGCUGCCCGGUCAGCCCUUUCAUUUUUGGUCACAGAUGAUUCUGACCAUCACACUUCUGAAAUACCUAUCCACGCUCAAGGACCCAGAAUGGGAUUGCCAUGCGGUGCGGAAUAAGGUGCACCUGAUAUCAACAAUGGACCACCUGCUCCAAAAGCUCGCGCUAAGCAGCAAGGAGCCGGAACUCCAGUGUGAUGAUCAUCUGCUUAAGUAUUUAUCCAAACUUCUAGCCAGGUGUCGGGUGUGGGGUGAAACUCGGUGGAACAUGGCUUCUCAGGUGCAAGAUAUAGAGUCAAGUCAGGAGGACGGGGCAACCACCCCUGACACUACCUCCCACAGCCAUUCCCAUAUCCCGGAUCUAGGUCAGAUGUCCUGGAUGCAGUCGAUGGAUUUGGGCGAUGAUCAGUGGUUUGAAGACGUAUUGGGUAUACCGACGACAUUCUAUUAGUUUGCAGGAUUUGUAUGGAUUUAUUUUAUAUAUAUUUAUAUACAUAUUUAAGUACCGAAGAAUGGAAAAUAAGUAAACUGUUCAGGCAGUAAUGGCAG